GCCACCGUCGCCAUCGUCGCCACCGCCACUGCCGCCGCCGCCGCAACAUCGCAGCGCCUCCAUCAUUUCUGCGGGAAGGAGACGCACACACAGGAGCAUGACUUUCCGCUCAGUGUUGGCUGUGUUGGUCCUCGUGGUUACCACUGAAGGAAGUGUUGGCCCGAGCACCAACGGCAGCUUUUGCACCGAGUCAAAGGAAUGUUUGCAGUUUGAGCUGGUCUGCAAAACAGACGAAUAUGAAGUGCGACACUACAGCCCCACCCGCUGGGUGUCCACAGAUGCCGAGGCCUACUUCAUGGGCGUGGGCGCGGCCAUGGCCUUCAGGAGACUUUUUCAAUACAUUACAGGUGCCAAUGAAGCAGGCAUCCAAAUGGAGAUGACCGCGCCCGUGCUGGUUAAAAUCCCAGGGGAGACCAAAAUGUGGGAGCCGGCCGUGUACACGCUCAACUUCCCGCUGCCGCAAGCCUUCCAGGACAAGCCGCCCGCGCCCACCAACGACAAGUUGUAUUUCACCGAGAUGCCCGAGAUGGACGUGUACGUGCGCAUUUACGGGGGUUGGAUGCUGUCGGUGACGUCCAGGCUUCACGCCCACCUGUUGACCAAAGAGCUGGAGAGAGUGCGGGCCGCCUACAACCACACGUACCACUACUGUGCCGGAUACGACAGCCCCUUAAAGCUUCUCAACAGGCACAACGAGGUGUGGUACGUGUCCGAGGGGCCGGCGGUGUGCUCAGAUCCACGGGAGCCCACCCGCGCUCACCCCACCAGGACGCCAACCGACCCCCCUACCGACCUCCCACUGGACCCGCUCUCUGACUCCGCCUCGCUCACGACCGCCAACCUGACGUCUUUCAACACCUCGGGCGUGCCCGCCGACGCCCCCUCAGACACGCCCACCGCCGCGGCCCCCAGCCAGACUUCCCCCCGUCUCUCGAUCGACCUGAGCCCCGCCGCCGGCUCGGUUCAGGUCCCGACGGACGUGCCGCCCAGCGCCACUGGGUCCGCCUCCGCGGCCCCCUCGCCGAAACCCCAGGGGGAGGCCGCCCCAUGGAACAGCACGGAGCGGGUUUUGGCCAACCCCCAACAAGAUGGCGUCUAAGCGCAAACGUGUCGCCGCGCUACCACGUCCGCUAACGUUAGCUCCUCUCGCUUCACUCGCCACUCACGUGUGCAUCAUAGAAUGACGGCAAAUGUUGCAAUUAGCUGCUGAGUUGUGUUGAAGCUAAUGCUAAAAACUGGAAUCGGCGUUGUACAACAACAUUUUCAACGACGCAUGGCAGUAUUUCGCAUUAGAAAAAUAUCCAAAAAUGUCACAAAAAUGUAUACACAGUGUUCCCACGCGUGUUUGAGGUUGUCUGUUCGUGGAUUCACCUUUUCGCAAAUUCUGUCCGGGAACCCUUCCAUUAUUUGCCCAAAAACUCUCCUAGUUGUUAUUUUCGUGCUUCGACCAAAGCUGUCGCAUAAAACUAUUGCUUUGGCGCCGUAUUGUUGCAUCUUGGUGCCACGGAGCUAUUAUUAUUAUUAUAUAAAAGCCUCAUGUUGUGCUUUGCCGCCGCCGGCUUGGAAUUUUGAGAGGAUGUCAGUUCUUGCGGAUUUCACGUCAGGGUUUGCGGCCUACUCAAUAAUCUCUCGCUAAAAAACUGCGAGAGACCCCGCGGCAAUUUUUUUUUAUAAUUGCCUAUACUAAUAAUUUCAACAACGAAAAUAUCACAAACUAUGACCACUAUUUCACAUUUCAAACUUAUCUUACAUUCUCCUUAAAAUUGAACAACUUUCCCAUGAUUUGAUUUCAAAACCCGGUGAAGACAUUUCCAUGAGCAACCCGGGCUAAACUUAGCUCCUCCCCGACGUACAACUGCUGAACUAUCGCGACACCAACGAGCAAUUUCUCACUAUCCCGUCCUUUGGCGACCAUCUUGUGCUAUCCGACGCCGUUACAACGAAAAUGCCCAAAACUUGCAUAAUUUAAUUUUUCACUGACUAAAUGAGUUUGUAGUCGGGAAAUAAAACUUCCCGGAAGGUCCAAAAUCAUUUCCCGCGGCGCCGCGGUUGGGAAUCGUUCAUAUUUAUCGCCCUUCGAGCUUCUUUUCGGGCUCACGCUCGACGUCAUCAUCUCAGCAUUCCGUUUAAAACUUGCGGGCGCUCGGAAAAACUUGAACUUGAAAAAGUCUCAGUGGGACGUUGUUUGUUUACUCAACUGCAGAAGGGGGAUGGCACUGAAUUGUGGAAACUAUUUUUUGGGGGACUCAAAUUUCUGUUACAUUAUGAUUAGAAUCAAACUUAGGAUCAUCUGUAUUACUGCAAAUGAAACCCGUCUAUAGCAUACAGUACUUCAAGUUGUACUUUGAAGUGUGUGUAAAAAAAAAAAAAAAAAUGUUCGUUCUCGGAUUAAUAUUGGACGUCGAGAUGAAAUAUGUUUUUUUUUUGUGCGUGUGUGUGUCACUAAGCAACAUAUUGUGUGUGUUCUGAGGCAGGUGCAAUAAAUAUGACGGAAAG